UUCCUCACUGCAGCCAGACAAUUAGAGCGAGAAACGGUGAACGGAAGCGUCGAAUCUGUUUCCCGUUGGCUGUUUGUGUAAAAAAGAGGCACGUUUUCUGAUAAAUAUUUAUUGAUAAAGAUUGUUCUAGUUAUGGACAUCCUCAAAGCAGAGAUCGCGAGGAAAAGAAAACUCCUUGAGGAGAAAGAGCUCAUAGAUGACUCGAAGAAAUACUUCAAACGGGCUGAUCUCGCGCGGAAGGAAGAGGAGGACUAUUACAGGAGAUGUGGAUACAAGGUUUCUAAUGAGCAGCCUGUGCGACAGCUGGACAAGACCGAGGAGGAGGCACCUCCAUCUACAUCAUCCAAUCCUGUGUUAGAACUGGAGCUCACGGAGGAGAAGCUGCCAAUGACGCUCUCUCGGCAGGAGGUGAUCAGACGUCUGAGGGAACGUGGCGAGCCCAUCCGUCUGUUUGGGGAAUCCGAUUAUGAUGCUUUCCAGAGACUCCGGAAGAUCGAAAUUCUAGCACCAGAAGUAAACAAGGGAUUGAGGAAUGAUCUGAAGGCUGCCAUGGAUAAGAUUGAUCAGCAGUAUUUGAAUGAGAUUGUCGGUGGAGCAGAGGGCACUGAACUGGACACACAACACGAUCUCAAAGUGCAUGAAGAAAAUACCACCAUUGAGGAGCUGGAGGCUUUGGGAGCGUCUCUUGGCACUGGCAAUGAUGUUAGAGACAUGGACAUCAUAAAUAAAGUUUUAAGGUUUUUGCUGGGUGUGUGGGCUAAAGAUCUAAACAGCCGAGAGGACCAUGUGAAGCGUAGUGUCCAGGGCAAACUCGCCAGUGCUACCCAAAAACAGACUGAAUCUUAUCUGGAACCUCUGUUCAGAAAACUACGUAAGAAGAAUUUGCCAGCAGAUAUUAAGGAGUCCAUCACAGACAUCAUAAAGUUCAUGCUGGAGAGGGAAUACGUCAAGGCAAACGAUGCUUAUCUGCAGAUGGCUAUAGGAAACGCUCCGUGGCCCAUCGGUGUGACCAUGGUGGGUAUCCACGCUCGUACUGGACGUGAGAAGAUCUUCUCCAAACACGUCGCUCAUGUGCUCAACGACGAGACCCAGAGGAAAUAUAUUCAGGGGCUGAAAAGAUUAAUGACAAUCUGUCAGAAACAUUUCCCGACAGAUCCCUCAAAGUGUGUGGAGUAUAAUGCUCUGUGACGUACAUUCAAAGUCCUGUCACGCCAUAUUGUACAACUGGGAUACAGGAGUGAUGUUUUCUUUACAUUCACUGAUGCUUGAUGCUCUUGGAUUUUAAUGUCUUUGUUACUGAGCUGAAUGCUGUAGAACGUGUACAUUCAUCAACAAACCAAGAGAUGUAGGCCUGUACCUUUACAGACAGGAAAUAUUCCUUUUAAGGAUGAAUGUCAUGAAGACUUGAAAUUUGAGUCACUAUCAAAACAAGUCCAAAAAUGCUCAAAUCACAUCUCAUGACUUUAUCUGCCCUCCUGAGAUGAGUUAAAGGAAGAGCUGAGUCACAGGAAGAAUGGAUGACUUCCUCACGCUAUGACCAAAUCAGAGCUAAAAGACAAACAAGCCAACUUUUAUGCUUAUGCUUUUAUGCUUAUUUGAGAUCCGGGAAAUCAGAUUCAUUUUAGUGAUUCACUUUUCAAUGAUUCACUUUUGAGGGGUCAGUCUAAAGUUUCCUUAAAAAUGACAGGGUUGCAAGUUGAUGAAAAGCUAAUUAUAUCUGUACUGUAACAAUUUUAAUUGUUUAAAAAAAUCUAAAUAAAAAACGGACGAUCAAA